AUCAGUACAAAGCUGCCGCGUUUGAACUGUGGACAGAGCAGACGGCACGCUUUAAACUGGCAAGAUGUCUGGAACUGAGUCAAAGUCAGAACUCUUCACUGUAACAACAGGCGAUGGAGGAGACGGUCAACAGAAUCAGCCCAAAAAGUUGUCCUCUUUUGAACGCUACAUUCAACCAUGCCUGGCAGAGAUUGUGGGCUCCACUCUUUUCAUGUUUGUCGGGUGUGUGUCUGUCAUGGGUAACGUGGGCAUCAGCGGGAGCAUCCAGCCUGCUCUGGCACAUGGACUUGCAUUGGGGAUUGCAAUCGCAAUUUUUGGAGAAAUAAGUGGUGGUCACUUCAAUCCAGCUGUCUCUGUGUGUGUUUAUCUUAUUGGAGGAAUGGAACUCAUUCUCCUGGUGCCAUACAUCCUCUCCCAAAUGCUUGGUGGGGUGAUCGCUGCCAGUCUUGCCAAAGCUGUCACUACGGAUAUUGCAUUUGGAAAUGCAUCUGGAGCAGCGUUCAAUGCAGUUCAAUCCGUUGAUACCAUGGGCUCUGCGACUAUGGCCGAGAUGAUAAUGACUUUCUUUUUAACUAUAGUUGUCAGCAUGAGUGCCGUAAAUGGAAGAACCCGGAGUGAUCUCGCUCCUUUCUGCAUCGGACUCACUGUGACUGCAAAUAUCUUGGCUGGAGGUGGAAUCUCAGGAGCGUGUAUGAAUCCAGCACGAGCGUUUGGACCUGCGAUAGUGUCCGGUUACUGGACCUACCACUGGAUAUAUUGGGUGGGACCUUUGACUGGUGCCCUGGUCACCGUCAGCAUUGUUAGGUUGAUAAUGGGCGAUAAGAAGAUCCGUGUUAUUUUCAAAUGAUCGAGACCUCAGAAGAUCCUAUGCUGCAAGCUUUUUGAUUCAAAAUAACUUGUAAAGCUAUGUAAAGCACUGUGUGAUAUUUUUAAACCUUUAUAGUACUGCUGUCUACUAAACUUUGAUUUUGUAUACUAAUGCUCCACAGUCUCUUUAAAAAUGUAUUUGUUGUUUUACUUUUUAUAGCUCUCUAUGUAUGUAUUCAAAAAUUUUAUUUUAAUAAACAUGGUCUUUUGUUA